UCAGCACCUCGGACAGCGCGCACAAGUGCAACACAUCCGCUAAAGAGAAAAUAACCUUAAUGCUUUUAUGAAGUUCUACAUUGAAUUGUGAGACUGAAACUUAUAAUUCAAACCAAACGCAGGGUGUGCAGUUGACGGUGUAACAGGUUGUGCGUCGCUAUGCUUCGAAUUAUGAGCGCUAGGCGAUGGGCGCGCAGAGCGCUACCAAUCCUCCACAGACACGAGACCACUGACGCGUCGCGGCUGCUCGGACGCGUUCAACUGAUCCGCCGGCCUCUAAGAACUGGAUACAGACCGCUGGCUUUGGUUUUUAUAGAGUUGCGUUUGGCUUGGAUGUUACAAGGACACGUGCACUUCCACAAAGACUAAACUUAGUGAAUGCACGCAAUUGGGAGACGGUCAAUGGAGAGUUUUCACAACGACAGCCAAGACCACCAUCAGCACCAGCACCAGCACCAUCACCAAGUCGUCACCACAGAAACCGACCCCGAGGCAGACCAGGACGGAGCGGCGGGCGGCGGGGGGGUCGGCAGCGUCCGCGCGCUCACCGGCUGCGUCCUGUUCGUCCUGAUCGUGUCCACGCUGCUGGGCAACACGCUUGUGUGCGCCGCCGUCAUCAAGUUCCGUCACCUCCGCUCCAAAGUCACCAACUUCUUCGUGAUCUCCCUGGCCGUGUCGGACCUGUUCGUGGCCGUGCUGGUGAUGCCCUGGAAGGCGGUCUCCGAGGUGGCCGGCUGCUGGACCUUCGGCCGCUUCUGCGACACCUGGAUCGCCUUUGACAUCAUGUGCUCCACGGCGUCCAUCCUCAACCUGUGCAUCAUCAGCAUGGACCGCUACUGGGCCAUCUCCAGCCCGUUCCGCUACGAGCGCAAGAUGACCCAGAGGUUCGCCUUCGUGAUGAUCGGCGUGGCGUGGACCCUCUCCGUACUCAUCUCCUUCAUCCCCGUGCAGCUCAACUGGCACAAGGCGGCGGUGGACAACGAGACCGCGGAGGACAACAACGCGGAGGACUGCAACGCGAGCCUCAACCGCACUUACGCCAUCUCCUCCUCGUUGAUUAGCUUCUACAUCCCGGUGGUGAUCAUGGUCGGGACCUACACGCGCAUUUUCCGGAUCGCCCAGACCCAGAUCCGGAGGAUAUCGUCGUUGGAGAGAGCGGCGGGCCACAGCGCGCAAAACAACAACCACGUGGAGAGUUCCCUCAAGACGUCGUUCAAGAAGGAGACCAAAGUUUUGAAGACCCUCUCCAUCAUCAUGGGCGUGUUUGUGUUCUGCUGGCUGCCCUUUUUCGUGCUCAACUGCGUGGUGCCCUUCUGCGACCUCAACACCCUGGGCGACCCGCUGUGCGUCAGUGACACCACCUUCAACAUCUUCGUGUGGUUCGGCUGGGCCAACUCUUCGCUCAACCCCGUUAUCUACGCGUUCAACGCCGACUUCAGGAAGGCCUUCUCUACCAUCCUGGGCUGCAACAAAUACUGCUCGAGCUCCACGGUGGAGGCGGUGGAUUUCAGCAACGAGCUGGUGUCCUAUCACCACGACACCACCCUCCAGAAGGAGGCCACCCUGCCCGGCGGCGGUGGCGGUGGAGGAGGCGGCGGCGCGCAGAGGCUCCCGUGCAUCGGCGCGCAUGACGCGGAGGACCUGGAGGAGUGCUUCGAUAAGGUGUCCGUGGUGUCGGACCCCUCACGGAACCGGCGACGUAUGCUGCUGCCAGCCAUCCUGCAGUUUGAGUGCGAAGCGGAGAUUUCGUUGCACCUGAUGCCGUUCAAUUCCUCUGGACACGUGGAAUGUUAUGCCCUCCCGGGUCAAACCCAGGACUAGUCCCGCAGGACGCCAGGAUCAACCAGUCUCGGGUCUAAUCGAGGACUUUAGUGGCCGGCUGCACUUGACUCUUUAAUGCGGGGUUUUAUUGGGAGCGCGAGGGAGAUCCUGUAGAUUGAUGAGGGUGAGAUACAUUUUGAGUUUUUUUAUUAUAAUGUUCGAGUAUAAUAGCAAAACAUAAAAUGGAAAACAUUUUUUUGUUAAUAUCAUCAUAAUGAUAAUAACAAUCAUUAUUAUUAUUAUUAUUAUUAUUAUUAUUAUUAGGUAAUUUCUUGGAACUUUAAUACUAGUUAAUUAGGCCUACAACUAAAUCUGACUUGUUGAAUCCUCGAAUUUCAUGGCAAUAUUCGUGCACAGUCAACAGAACGAAAAUUCAUAUUUUUUCAACUAUUGCACCAACACGAAUUCCACCACAGGGUCAUAUAGGUGAAUCAAUUCUUCCUAUAUUCUCUUGGGAAGGUCGCGCCUAAUGUCGCGCCUCAUGUCGCGCUUCCCUUCGUGAAUAUUUCUUGUCAGCAAUGGACGAUGUCAAACAUACAAAUAUUUCUCCACCAAAUGUAGGACGUAGUGGAAAGUAAAGAAAGCUUUUAAAAAUUGCGUAGAGCUCCAGUUUAUUAAAACGCAAGGACUGUGAUAGCACUUUGGUUCAGCCUAUUGCAUUGAGUUAGGUAGUAUUGAGCAGGGACACAUGCCUCGCAUACUGAUUGCCGGAGAGGGCGAGAUACACAAACAAGAGAAGAGACAUUUUUGGGCGAAGCAUUCAGGAUCUGACAUGUCGCAAUUACAUUUUUGGCCAAAAAAAAAAAAUCCUCAAAAGUGAUUUGUCAAUCCGUAACAUUUAAUAAAUACAUCCUUAAUAUCAAGA